AUUUUUAGAAUUAUUUUUAUUAAAAAAUGGGAAAGUGUUGUGCCGUUUAUGGUUGCCUUAGUGACCGAAAGGCAAGUGAGAAUUUAGAAAAUGUGGCUUUAUUCAAAGCACCAAAAGAUGUUGAAAUGCUCAGUAAAUGGAGCUCUGCUCUAGGUAAAGAAUUAAAAAUUACCAGUUUCAUUUGCGAAUUACAUUUUAAUCCAGAAGAUGUGAUUAAAAGUAAUCAAGGGGUUCUAAAAAAUGGCAGUAUAUAUGUCUAUGAAUACGAUAAAGUUCAUUUAAAGAAGAAUGCUAUAGCAAAAUCUAAUGCUACUAACAAUGCUAAUAACAAUGAAGAUAAUUAUAUUAUUAUUAUUUAUUAAUAUCAGAUGUUUUUA